AUGAGCUCGAAGCGCAGAAGCGGCCCUGCAGGCGACCCCGACGACUUUCUAGCCACGCCUGAUCCCAAGCGACGCAAGCGGAGCGACGAUACCCAUUUCCCUGAGGAAGAAACUCGAGAGACCACCACAGACAUUGGUCUGAGGCUCGUGAGGCAGUUGAAGAAGUCGCAAGACAAGAAUGGCCGCAAUGUCGCAAUCCAUUUCUUGGACCUGCCUAGCAGGGUCGACUAUCCUGACUAUUACCAGCAAAUUGCCAUGCCUCUUUCCCUCAACAUGAUUGAGCAGCGGCUGGAGAAUUAUGGAUAUGACAACCUAGAGAUCCUGGAGUCAGACUUGAAGAGAAUGGUGCAAAAUGCAAAGGAUUAUAACAACAGUCGAUCUGCAAUCUUUGAAGAUGCUGAGCGCAUACGCAAGGCUUUGUCCAACUUUAUGCCAAAGCACAAUCCAGCGUAUCUGCGACCAGAUUAUCGCGCUUAUCCGACCCCGAUUCCGCAAGAACUGCUUGAUCAGGUUCGACGUCAAUCCAUGUCGUCAGAGGGAACCAUGGCUCCGGAGAGGGUCAAGCUGGUCUUCUCUAACCCUGCGGCCCGGCGACGUCAAAGUCAGGCCACUCCAUCCACGGACACCCUAACCGAGACGAGGGAAGAUGUGAGGCAAGAACAGUUGAAGUUUUUGCAGGAAUUGUCGGAGCAGGAAGAUGCAAUCAAUUUUGAGGAAAAGGUAUCCAAAAAGGAUUAUCCCGACUAUUACAAGUUGGUCAAGAAGCCGACGUCCAUAUCAGAUGUCCGGGCUUUGGUAGAGACAGAUGCAGUCCAAGAUUGGGACGCGUUGGCGAAAGAAGUGCGACUCAUCUGGGACAACGCGAAAGAUUACAAUCAGGAAGGGUCCGACAUCUACCUGAUGGCAGAAAAACUCGAGGCUUGGUCGGAGUCCAAGAUGCAGUCACUUGGUGCUCAACCAAAACGCAAUCUCAAGCUUUCUUUGUCACAACCAAAGCCAAAGGCUCUGCGACUGACGAUGGCUUCGUCUACGCUCACACCAAACCUGGUCGGUGGUACGAUCGACAGCGAAUCGCUCCGACGACAGAAAGAAGAAAUGGGUCAAGCCUUGAGUAAAGUGCACAGGGCGAAUUCGAGGGCCGCUCAAGUUAACGGAGCAACUCCAGUGCCUUCAAGCGCUGCUCCCAGUGUUCGUCGAAGCGCCUCACUGGCUACAACUACUGAGCAAGCUGAUACAACCACCAACGAGGUCAAAGUCAAUGGUAUCGCAAGCACUCCCCAACCUCAGGAAGCUGUGAGAGCUUCACACCCUCCUGCGCAAAAUCUAGGACAGCAGCUGCCAACCCCUGUCCAAGAAGUCGAAACGUCUCUUCCGAAUACAAUGCCUCUCACGAACGGAGCCGGUCACCUCGAGCCCUCUGUGCCGCAGUCUUCUAGCCCUACAAUGAGCACGAAUCCAUCGGUUUCCAACGACAAUUACUUGAACCAAUCCGUCAUUCCCAUGGAACGACGCUUUCGUGACCCUGGCAGAGGCUGGACCCACGCAUUGCUCGCUUCUGUGACAUUCAUGACCAACCCUUCUUUGCCGAAUGAUCCACGUUGGAAGCUUGUGAGAUACGGCUCGUCCACCAAAACCCAGACGAGCGGCUUCAUCGCUCUGCCUUCUCACUACCGCGACCUGCGCAUCGUCCCCAACACAACCGCUGAACUCGCCGGUCGUCGCCGUCAUCGCAUCUUUUUCAUGCACAACUCCACCGUCUACAAGGAGAGCAACAGCAAUCAUGUGGAGGGGGCGUUUGAGGUCAGGCUCGUUCCUGGGGAGAAUGUCCUUGUCGUGGAGGUGUUGGCGGAUCUGAGGGAAGGCGAGAGGAAGACGUAUGCGCCCAGUCAAUUGCAGUUUGACUUUGAGAGGUGCACCUUGAUUGUACAUCUCAACAGCACAUCCUAA